GCUUCACGUUCAUCGCGUUUCACGGCCGCAUCUUCCCCCUCUAUAAUCUCAUCAACGUCUCUCACUGCCCCGAACGAACAUAUCCUAACAGCAGCAUCUUGUUCACCUACGGACACCACCCUCCAAAGAAGAUCUCACGGCUUAUUUUUUUCAAGAAAAGCCGCUAGAUUUCGAUCCUGGGGCUGACUAGGAAGAUACUUUCGCCCGAAAUUUGCCCAGGUUCAAUACGGCCUUGGCCCCAUCCGCAAGCUACUACUACAUUCAGCUUCGGUGGACUGGUCCUCAAGAGAUCAUUUGGGUCCUAACAAGCCCACUGGACUUAUCAUCACAAAGAAAGCCCAUAUGGUCACGGGCUACGAGUCUAAUCGAUUGCGACAAUGGCCGUUCCACCUGUCACUGAGACUAACGAGGAGCGCGCUGUGCGCCUGGCAAUGGAGCGUGAUCUCGGCAUUGAGCGCGUCGAGAAUCUUCCUGCAGAAGAUGGAGAAAAGAAAGGAAUCAAGUAUUCCCGCGCUGCCGCAGAUGCAGUUAUGUCUGGUCCUGCUGUGAGGGCAGAAACCAAUGCCUUGUGGCUAAGUGCCAUCAACGCGGGUGAUUUUGACGACGACGAUGCAGAGGCAGUCAAGGGCCUGAGUACAAUGGCUCAUGGUCGACUUCACGCCAUUCGAGAAACAACAGAGAGCGUUCUACGUCCGCCACCUGGGUUACGUCCACCACCGGGGUUACGUCCUCCACCUGGGCUGCCCUGGCCUGGUCAUCUAUCGCCGCCACCCGGGCUGCCUUUGCCUGCUCAUCUGUCACCGCCACCCGGGUUGCCUUUGCCUGCUCAUCUGUCACCGAAAGGUCGUACUGCCCGGAAACCAGCGCAGUAUAGCCCCAAUCAGAACCCAACAAAGCCUCUUCCCCAGCUCGACAAUGCUGGCCAUAAUAGCACCGGCAAGCAUAAGAAGCGGCAGAAUGUUCCCUCGCCAACCAAUGGAGCCCCCCGGGCUACUUCUGUCAAGGCCGCACCUCCAGGACUUACCAAAAAGGCUGCCACCCCAGGAUUUACAGGUAAGGCUGGGCGGCAUCCUCCGGUGCAGAAGAAACCUCAACCAAGCAAUGGGCAGCGUAACACCCAGCCCACCAACUCAAGCCCUUUGACAAACUCGUCAUCGUAUCAGUUGGGUCCCACGAAGCCGCCAAGUACAUCUCAACUGAGUAACAUAGUCCUCGACGAGAGCGUUCUGUGCCUUCAGGGCGAAACCAUACUCUACCGGGAAGUUGCUUUCUUACAUCAGCAGGCAGGCAGAAAACCGCUCCCUUCGAGCGUCCUCUGGCUUGCACGCAGCAACGUGGUAGAACCAGUGCUCAUCGUCGUCGUCGAGAACGUUAUUAUGCAUGAGUACCCACUGUCUUCCUGGAAGACUAGCUGGGGAACUGCACCUGAUCGUGACAUCAAGUUUAGAGAUAGCUUGGGCAUAGAGUCCACUAUUCGCCUAACAUUCGUCAAUCAUACUGCCGUUUCUCUUUUUGUAGAGAAGCAAGAUGAGCUGGCAGCUGAGCUCAAAGCAUCCAGCACCGUACAAGACAGCAGCGCGAAACCAAAGCAGAUGACUUCCACGCCCGUUCCUACAACGAGUGGGAAUCAUCCACAUACACGGGCGAGGACUCCAGCCAUCUUGGCGCCUUCAGGAGCAGCAAAGACCGCGGGGACUACCAACGGAACCAAAGCUACCCCCUCAAACAAACCUUCGUCGCAGAACAGGGUUGCAGCUGCUGCACUCAAAAGCAAUCCAGAGUCUCUGAAUUCAAAGGCAAAAAAUCAUGCGGGGGCGAAUGUGUCAAGGCAGCCAGAUUGUCAAUCACAGGCCCGUGACCUGUCCGCAUGUAUACCUGGCCCUGCUGAAGCGUCGUUCUCUUCUAACGACAUGAGCAGUCAGCUCAUCCUGCUUGAUGAUGAUACAAGGCCAGCAGUACGGGGGUCCUCGAUGGCCCCAGGGUAUUCGGCUCAUCUGCAGGAGCUGCAUGGGCUAUCUCCCGAAUCUUCUUCUAACAACGCGUUGGUGCUUUACAACGACCAAGCGCACAGGGCGGCUGCAGUUGAUCAGGCGGUCACAUAUGAUUCUGUGAUUGCACUGUGCCAGGCAAUCACUGCCCAAGUGGAACAACUGGCACAGCUAAAUGUUAGGACAAGCCGUGGCGCUCGAGAUGCUGUUCGCCAGCGUCUUGAUGCCGGUCUGUCGAAGUCUUUCAAAGGCAUUGAAGAUCCCAAGAGAAGCCAUGUUAUCUCCACUCUUAUGCUUCUUUUUGAUGCGGCCACCCGCCAUAAUGGACUUCGGUACUCGGCCGACGAGAUGCAUAACUUGCGUUCCGAUGCCGAGCCACCACGGGGCCAUGAUUAUGAGCAGGCACUCAAAGCUAUGCGUGGCCUGCGGGUGACGAGCUCCCUAAGGAAGAUUGAAGACCACAGUUUGCAGAUUGCGCAGGUAGCAGCCAAGCGAACUGAGGACAUACCGAGCCUCCAAGUUGAGAGCCAAGCCAAGCCUACCAGCACAACGGUCGCUGUAGAAGCAGCAUGUGCCCAGGUCGAUGCUGAGUCAAAUGUAGCUUCUGGCAUCCCUGAGGUUGCCAAUUCGAGUCCUCAGAUCACACCAGCUGAUACGAACGUUGUCAAAGUUGAGGCCAAUGACGUUGAGCCUUCCAAUAUGGCCGUUGCUCACACUUUAUCUCUAAGGGGGCGGUCCAGUCGGUCGAACUCUGUCAGUUCACAAGUGACACAGGGCGGUAGUCGCCGCGUGGGGCUUGCCAGCUCCAGGUGGGCGUCAGGCACAGCUACUCCGACUGUUCCUGUCUCUGCGUCACCAGCAACCAGCAGUCCAGUUGCAAACUCAGCAGCCAUUGCUCAUUCACCCUUGAUGACUCCGGCCCGCCCAACAGCAAGAUCUAACCCAGUCAUGUUCAGCUCUCGGUUUGCAGAGUGCAUCCCCAGAACUAGCGCUUUGUUCGACCUAUCCAGCCUGGAAGGAGGUGGCGGUCAGUCGCGAGUUUUGAGUCUGGAGUCUCAUGGGUCUGCGGCUGACUCUACGGCUACUGUUAAUGCGUUAUUUACUCAGCUUUCGUUGCACAGUCCUGCGACAGAUGCACACCAAGCCACGAAACCGCGCUCCUUAGGCCGCGGCGUCAGGAACAUAAAUAUCCCAGUCAGUGAAAGCGGGCUGCGCGAUUCCGACAUUACUUUGAUUUAAGGUUUUCCGGAUUGCUAGGCACUGGAUUUUAUGUUGAUAAGCUCGGUCUGGAGCUGUUGAUAGCGAAUUUACAACCUUUUUGUCAGUUUAACGUGCGAGGAUUUGUCUUGAGAAGGU